CCCCUCCUCGCCGUUACCCUGUACAUCCGGGUCACUUGCCCUCCCCGUUCGGAGCCGCCGCUGCUGCUGUUGCUGUUGCCGCUGCCGCCGCCGUCGCCGCCGCCUGGCUCGUCGCGGCUCCGCCACAGGGGCAGGUGCGGAGGGGCUCCCGGUCCGGCCGCCGCCGCUGCCCCGCUCCGGGCCCGGGGCUCCCUCUAGCGCCGCUGAGGGGCCGCCGCCGCGGCUCAAGGAGGGCGGAGGAGCGGGGCUGAGAGAGUCCGGAGGCUCGAGCGGAGAAUAGAAGGACAAGAACAGAAUCACCAGCACUGGCUGAAGCUUUCUUUCAGUAGAAGAGGUAUGUGUUUUUCUUUGAAUUCCCUUUUAAGCCAUUUUAGCUAUCACCAGUAUUGUUAAUCAGGAAAGGUCUAACAUAAUUCUGGUGGUUUAUGUAUAUGUUAGAAAGGAAGAAGAAGUUUUUACGCACUUUCUUAAAUGAGAAUUCUCCCUAUUAUUGGUUUUGGUCCUUUUGAAAAAGUCUUUGAAGUAAAGAACACAUCAACAACAACAAAAAGUUACUGAUGCAGGGUUCUGAGUACUUAAACAUUUUUAAUCCUGUAAUUGUUUUGAUUAUUACAAGUUAAUAGGUAUUUGAAAAUGUCAUUUUCUGUAGACAUACUUCGUGUUAUCAAGUGAAAAUGAUCAGCUUAAAAUCUCUGUGCUCUUCCUAGUCAUAAACAGAGAUAUUUACAUUUCAAAACUUGCCUGUCAUUUUACUAGAACUGAUAAGACAGUUAUCGUGAUGAUCUUUUGGAAUUGUAAUUACCUCACCUACUCUGUAUGUUACAGUGCAGGAGUUCUCAACCAUUUUUUGUGCCAUGGACCUCUGGUAAUCUGGUGAAGCUUGUGAAUCCCUUCCCAGAACAAUGAUUCUACAAAUGAUUCAUGAUUUUAUGAAGCAAAAUAUAUAUGAUGAAAAAAGAAAUUAGUUAUAUUGAAGUACAGCUAACAAGUACUAAAAAUGCAAAUUUUUGAUAGAGUGAUAUAUAUGCUUCUCACAUUAGAGAGUGAGCUUUAGCAAUAAUUCUGUGAAAUACUGUAGUUACAGUGAUGAGUUUGCAAUAAUUAUAGUAUAAUAUGAAAGUACCUGUGAUUUCUGUUGAUGACAAGUUCAUAGGUAUUUCUAACACUACUAUACUUUGUUGCCUAUAAUCUUGAUUGAAGGACUUGCAGAACUUCAUAUAGAGGCUAGUGAAAAGGUUCCCAUCCAAACUCACAGGUCACUGAAUUCUUUCUCUGGAUCCCAGAUUAAGAGCUCUUGUUAACGAAAAGUCGGUUAGACCUUUCUUUGUCCAUCAUAUUUGAAUACGUGUAGUUUUUUAUGUUCUAUCUAAAUAAUCUUUUAUUUAUUUAUUAUUAUUAUUAUUAUUAUUAUUAUUUUACAUUUAUUUUUGAGAGACAGAGACAGAGUGUGAGCAGGGGAGGGACAGAGAGAGAGGGAGACACAGAAUCCGAAGCAGGCUCCAGGCUCUGAACUGUCAGCACAGAGCCCAACGUGGGGCUCGAACCCACGAACUGUGAGAUCGUGACCUGAGCCGAAGUCGGACGCUUAACUGACUGAGCCACCCAGGCGCCCCUCUAAAUAAUCUUUAAGAAGUAGAGUUACACCGUCUUGCAAAAUAUCCUAAUGGUGUAGCCUAGAAGUUCCUGAAAUAGUUUUGAAGAAACUUCUGUUUGCUGGUAAAUAAUCACAGAAACAGCAUGUUCUGUGGAAAAGAUAGUUGAAGAUAAGUGGUAAGCCUUGGAGAGUGCCCACCUUCAGAGAAUUCACAUUCUGAUUCAAGGAACAUGAAAUUAACACGUAGAAAAUAAAAUAAUCGAGUUUGAGAUGUCGAAAGUUUAACGAGAGAAACGUCCAUAAUUAAAUUCCACAGGAAGGAUGCAAAUAGUGAGGUCUGAUGCUUGUGUUGCGGAAUCACAAAAAAAGGUCAAGACUUGUGAAAAGUCACCAAGUGUUUUACAGUUAUCUCAGCAGUAUGAACUGGACAGUGUUCAGGUGCCAGCCUAAGCUAGAAGAGCUCAGAAUGGUGUCACUGAAUUUGUCAAAUGGUUGUUCAGCACCUUGCAGCUGACUACAGAUGAAGGGAAUGGCAGAUCUUUUGAAGCUUGGCUGAGAGCAGAAAUGGCACCAUUACUUGUCUCGAAGGCGACAUGUUGGGGCAUCUGACUGUGGGGUAUUUUUUGGUAGAUUUGUUCUGUCAGUGUGAUCUGCUGAUGCCGUAUUUUAAAUACGUUCCUAAAGCCUGCACUGUCCAGGUCAUUGGAUUAAGCCCCACUUUUUAAAAACUGAUUUGCCACUUUUGCCAAGUCACCAAGUUUCUAUAGUCUUCAGUUUCUUUCUAUAAAAUUAGAGAACUGAGCUACAUGAUUUCAAGUCCUGUCACAAGCCCUAUAUUCGGGGCUGAUUUUCUACCUUUUCUCAUACCGCUCACUUCCUUCCUCUUUUUCCCUACCAGCAAUGUUUGAAAUAUGGUAAAAAUACUCAGAAUUGUUAAGUGAUUUGAGCUUUGAUUUAAAUAAAUAUUGCCUUAGUAAAAACUGUGCGAAACCUUAAAUCUGUAAUUAUUAGGUAACAUACUUAGUUCAAAAACAUUUUUAAAAAUUUUUUUUAAUGUUUUAUUUAUUUUUGAGACAGAGAGAGACAGAGCAUGAGCAGGGGAGGGGCAGAGAGAGAGGGGGACACAGAAUCCGAAGCAGGCUCCAGGCUCUGAGCUGUCAGCACAGAGCCCGAGUCGGGGCUCGAACUCACGGGCCGUGAGAUCAUGACCUGAGCCGAAGUCGGACGCUUAACCGACUGAGCCACCCAGGUGCUCCUCAAAAACAUUUUUAUGAUGUAUACAUUCUGCAUUUUGGUCUGCUGGAUUCUUUUUCGUAUUAUAGGAGAUACGUAUUGUAGGAGAUAUAAAUGUAGAAAGAUUAUUCAAGUACCUAUCUUUAAGAUGAUACGAUUACCAAAAAGAAAAUUUGUAUUUUGUUUUUGUAUUCUGUUUGAUUAUGAUGAGCCUGGAGGAGUUAUAUUUAAGCAAAUCAUUUUAAUUGAAGUUCAGGAACAAGGGAAACAUUUGUGCCCUCCUGUAAUUUCACUGUACUAAAUUCCUUUAGCAUGCCAGGCUCAAACAGAAAGACCUGACAAAUGGUAGGGAAAUAUGUAAGGACAUUUCUUAGCAUCUGUCAUCUUUCUCUAGUCAUCAUAGUUUUUUCUUAAAUUUCUUUUUCUGUGAGAAUUUUAUUCCUGACUUAGAAAUGUUAGUACUAGUAUUGAAUUAAUUUCUUUCUGGAACACUUAAUAUUUUCCUUCACUCUUUUUGGAUGAAUUGUGUGUAUUUUCAUUUGUGACUAAGCAAUAUGGCCAAAUGGUUAAGAGAACUGCUAGAAGACAGAUUUGCCUGAGUAAGAAUUCCAGCUUCAUUGUUUACUGAUUUGUUGACCUUGAGAAAGUUAUUUAAUCCUUUGACCUUCAGGUUGCUCAGAAGUAAAAUGAGGAUCGAAGUGCUAGGCAACCUCAAAAGUGGUUGAGGAUUUUGUAAGAUACUACUGUGUAUGUAUUACUUGGCAUCGUGUGUGGCACACAGAAAGGCCUGUCGCUGGUUUUUACUGUCAUUUGGUCCUGAUAGCAAGGUGCUGGGUGGGGCAAAAUGGUUUUGUUGCCCUUUGUUCCUUCAGUCUGUAAUGUUUAAGAAGGUCCUUUGUGAUGAGUAUUCCUAAAUAUCUCCAUUUAAACUUUAUUCUCUUUCAGAAGCUCAAUCCUUACAAUUGCUAGACAGGAGAAUACCUUGUUAGUAACUUUUUGCCUGUGUGAGUGUAUGUAUAUUGUCUAAUGGGUAACUUUCUUUUGACCUCAGUUUAACAUGUUUUCAGAUAUUUCAGAUAGUUACUGGGUUGUCACGUGGCACAUGGACUGACUGUUUAGUUCUCAGAGGCCAGUGAGAACCAGGACUGAUGAGGAGAGAUUAACAAAUGGGCGAAUAUCAGCUUUAAGACAAGUUUUGUGUGAUUCUUUGCAGGAUUCAUGUUGGAUUAAUUGUGUAUUAUUUAAUCAUCGGCCGAAGUUUCUAAAAAAGUUCCUAAAAAUUGAAAUCUAAAACUUGAGUCAUUUGAAAGUCGAAUGAGUGACUCUGGGUGUGGUCACGUAGAGUGAAAUACUGAAGCAGGGGCUGCUUGGCUGCUUGGCACAGAUGUUGUAGAAUACGUUCAUACCAAGUGUAAGUGCUUGAGUUUGAGUUUCCAUUUUAGCACCUGUCGCAUUUAGUUUGGGCCGCUAUAACAAAAUACAGUAAACUAGAUGGCUUACAAAUAACAAAUUUAUUUCCCACAGUUCUGGAGGCUGGAAGUCCCAAGGUCACACUUCCAGCAUGGUUGGGUCCUAGUGAGGCGUGCUUCCCGGUUCAUACAUAGCUGUCUUCUUCCUGUGUCCUCACAUGGUAGAAAGAAAGCAAGGGAGCUUUUGGGGGUCUGUUUUAUGAGGACAUUAAUUCCAUUCAUGAGGCUUUCACACUGAUGACCUAAUCACCUCUCAACGGGUUUAAUCACAUUGGGCAUUAGGAUUUCAACAUAGAAAUUUUAAGGAGACACAAACAUUUAUGUUCUUUUAUACUUUUCUGUAGAACAGAAAGAGCUGAUAUAUAAAAUAGGCUCGAUAGCAAAACCAGACAAGAAGAGAAAAAAAUUAUAGGUCAGUCUUAUUUAUGAAAUAAUCCAAACUGAAAUAUUAAACCAAAUCUAGAAAUACAUUUUUUUAAUUAAAAAAACUUUAUUUAAUGUUUAUUUUUGAGAGAGAGAUUGCGAGAGAGAGAGAGAGAGAGAGAGAGAGAGAGAGAGAGACUGUGCGAGUGGGGGAGGGGCAGAGAGAGAGAGGGAGACACAGAAUCUGAAGCAGGCUCCAGGCUCCGAGCCGUCAGCACAGAGCCUGACAUGGGGCUCAAACUCAUGAACUGCGAGAACAUGACCUGAGCUGAAGUCAGAUGCUUAACCGACGGAGCCACCUAGGCACCCCAAAAUACAUUUAUUUUUUAAUGACUGUAUAGAUUUGGUCCCAGGAAAGCAAGGAUGGUUUAGCAUGGAAAAAUGUAUUCAUUUGGGGGAACCUGGGUGGCUAAGUCAGUUGAGUGUGCAACUUUGGCUCAGGUAAUGAUUUCACGGUUCGUGAGUUGGAGCCCUGCAUCGGACUCACAGCUAUCAACGUGGAGCCCACUUUGGAUCCUCUGUCCCCCUAGCUCUCUGCUCACACUUACUUUCUCUCUCUCUCUCUCUCUCUCUCUCUCUCAAAUAAAUAUUAAAAAAAUGCAUUCAUGUAAUCUUAUGUUUUAUAAUCUCAUAUUCAUAGAUUAAAUGAAAAAAAAUAGUAUUAUAAAGAUGGAAGUUCUGCCUUGGAAUGGUGUGUGUAUAUUUAAUGCAAAAUCAAGUCAAAAUCCCAUUAAGAUUUUUGUAGAACUUGACAGUUACAUGGGUGAAUAAAAGGCCAAGAAUAGCUAAGGCAGUUUUGCAGGAAUCACUAGUUAAAUGAUCAACAUAGACCUCAAGGAAAAGUGGAUUACAUGGGACAAAAUGGUAUCAUAAACAAAGUUAAGACUGGGACACUGCGACAUUGCAGACUAGAAGAAGAUAUUUGCGGUGUGUUUAGGCAUCAAAAGAUUAGUAUCCAGAGUUCCUAUCUAGAAUUCCUAAAGCCCACCUGGAGGGGAAGGAAGGGUGUGAGUUCAGAAAACAUACCACCCUGGGAAUUUCAAACAGGGAAUGAAUUAAUGUUAAAGUUUAUUUAUCUGUUUUGAGAGAGAGAGAGAGAACAUGCAAGUGGGAAAGGAGAGAAAGAAUCCCAAGCAGGCUCUAUGCUGAGUGGGGCUCGAUCUCACAACUGUGAGAUCAUGACCUCAGCCAAAAUCGAGAGUCUGUUGUGUAACUGACUGAGCCACCCAGGUGCCAGCCAGGCGCCCCUAAACAGGGAAUUUAAUACAGAGGAUUGGUUACAAAGGUAUUAGACUAGAGGAGCAGAGGGGAAGAGGAGACGGGGGCAAAGAAAAGAUGGGUGGUGGUACUGCCGCCAGAGAUUAGCCGCUACCACUGCUCCACUGGAACCCACAGACUGCACUUGCUUCUGCCUCUGAUCGGGGCAGUGCAUACUGGCCCCACCUCAUCUGACUGUUCUUAGAGCAGCUGCUGGUCUGUCCCAGCCAGAGACAGGGAAGCUUCUUUCUCGGUCCUGCUUUCUCACCCUCUAGUGCCUCUUACUGACGUAACCUCACAGCUGGCAAGGAUGUUAUUUACAGAUGCUAAGCCCAGCAGUACAGAGUCCGGUGUAUAGAAAGGUAGGUGUGGGAGAGAUACUGGAAAAAUAAAUGCUACAAGUUGCAAAGAAUGUGAAUAUACAUUUUACAGAUGGCCUGUAAACAGAGAUAUAGGCACAUUUUUACUGGUAAUCAAGAAAAUAUAAAUUAAAACAUCAGUGAGAUAUUUCACAAUUUAAAAUUUGAAGCUUGAGGUUUUGGAGGAUGGGAGAGAAGAAGAUCUUUACUAGUGGAGCAGUGAAUUGAUAGAAGUACUUUGGAGAGCAGUUUGGCACAAUCUAGUCAAGUUACGGUUGCAUUUUAAUUUCCAGACUGCCGUCCAGUGGAAACUCUUGUACACAGGCCCAAGUAUAUACAAGUGUAUGUAGCGUGUGAAAGGAUAUGUGUGUAAAGCAUUCUUUGUUAUUAGAGAAAAACUGAGAAGUCACUGUUCCUCAAAAAGGCUUCAUUGACCUGUGGAAUAGUGUAUAACAUGUCAGUAAGUGAACGUGGAUAACACCAUUGAGUGUGAGAGGUGGAUUUUAAAGGAAUAUGUACAGUAUAGCAUUUACGAACAUUGAAAAGCAGAACAGUGCUGUUUAUGAAUAUGUACCUUACAGUAAAAAAUUUAAAAUACGUUUGGAAAGGAAGCAUACUUUUAAGAUUACCUUUAGGAGAUGGAGGAGAGGAAAGUUGGUUGGGGAAGGUUGGGAGGUUAAGUGCCCAAAAAUGUAGGGAGGUCUCUGAAGCAAAUCUGGCAAAAUGUCAUUGCUUUAAUCUGAGUGGUAGAGGGAGGCGGGUGGGGAUGGGCUACAUGGGUGAUGGGCAUUAAAGAAGGCACUUGUUGUGAUGAGCAUUGGGUGUUACCUGUAUGUGAUGGAUCACUAAAUUCCUCUGAAAACAAUAUUACACUGUAUGUUAGCUAACUAGAAUUUAACAAUUUGAAAAGAAAAACAAGCUGUUCAGUCAUCAAUGUAGCAUACAGACCACACACACACACACACACACACACACACGCGCGCGCGCGCGCAAUCUGGGUGUUACAGUAUGUGGAUACAUUUUUUUAUGUUUAAAUUAUUUUCUAAUUUAAAGAAAUAGAAAACAAGAAGGACUUAAGAACCAGUCCUUCUGGGAAGUCUUUGGUUAGGUGUUCCUUUUUCUGUGUGUUCAUUGUGGUGUUUGCCUGCUUCUGUAUGAAAGUAUGUCAGACCAUCUUGUCUGGUUUCGUACACUUGUCUGUGAGUUCCUCAGUGCCAAAUCUUCAGUAUCUGUCCCAGUAAUUGGCAGACAGGAGCUAAGGAAAGGUUGUUUGAUUUAAAACAGCAGCAGCCACCAGCAGGCGCUGUAAACACUGACUACCUGUUGAAAUGUGCAAGGUGCUACGGUUUUUAUUUAAUGGCUCAUCCAGGGGCCCCUGGGUGGCUCAGUCGGUUAAGCGUCCGACUUCAGCUCAGGUCGUGAUCUCACGGUUUGUGAGUUUGAGCCCCGCGUCGGGCUCUGUGCUGACAGCUCGGAGUCUGGAGCCUGCUUGGGAUUCUGUGUCUCCCUCUCUCUCUCUCUGCCCCUCCCCGACACGCGACCUGUCUCUCUUUGCCUCUCAAAAAUAAAUAAAACAUUAAAAAAAAAAAUGGCUCAUCCAUGCAUUGUUCCAUGUGUAUUGGAAAGAUUUCAGGCACCUGAAUUCCAAUCCAUUCGUUUUUUGGGAGCACCUUUGUUUUUUUUGUUGUUGUUUUGUUUUUAAUUUUUUUUAAUGUUUAUUUAUUUUUGAGAGAGACAGAGAUAGAAUGCGAGUGGGUUAGGGGCAGAGAGAGAGAGGGAGACAUAGAAUCCAAAGCAGGCUCCAGGCUCUGAGCUGUCAGCACAGAGCCCGACGCAGGGCUCGAACUCACGAGCUGUGAGAUCAUGACCUGAGCCGAAGUCGGACGCUCAACUGACUGAGCCACCCAGGCGCCCCUGGGAGCACCUUUGAAUGAGUCAUGUAUGUUCUUUGAGCAUUAGUGACUUUACAUUAAAACAUUUUUUAAAUUAUUGAUACAUACAAAAGAAUACCUUUAUUUGUAAAUGUGGAAGCCUAACAGACUCCCCUGAAUCCACCAGUAAUUGAAGAACUGAAAUGUUACCCACACCUUUGAAGUUGCCUGGUCCUAUGGGCUUGUUUCUCCCCAGAGAUAACAAGUAUUUAAAAUUUCAUGUUUAUCAUUCUCUCGAAUUUUAAAUAUAUAUUUUACCUUACAUGUGUAUAUAAUUUUUCGUGGAUUUCAAAAUAGUGGUACACUUUAAGAAAGUGAGUUGACGAUACUGUUUUUUGUCUGAGGACCAUAUUUUUUCAAGAAAAACCUUCAUCAUAAAUCCUUGUCAGUAAUUUUGAGUUUCAGUGUUUUUGUUUUUUGUUUUUUCGUAUUCCCAUCACCAUUCUGUAAAUUUCUUAAACUACUUGGAACUUUGUAUCAGUCCUCUCAUACCCUGUCUGUACCUGAGGCAAGACAUUGUAGCAGGAAGCAUUUCUUUUCAAUCUACACCUCAGGCAGUAAUUUGCAUUGGUGGUUUAAUUAUUAAUGGCUGGAAGCAUGGAAGAGUACUAUUACUAGUAAUCUCUGAAUCAAGCUCAAAGAUGCCGUGACAAUCUGGUGUAAUGUUAAUUUAUCAUGGUUCACUUCCAUUUAGGGAGCAGUGUUGGUCUCCUGAUUUAUUGUGUUUAUUGCGUAUAGCCAGUCAUACUAGUGAAUCUUUUAUUUAAAAUAGUGUAAAUGAGAGUUUUCGUUUUAAAAUAAUACUAAAUCUAAGUGUAUCCACUAGAUGUCAGCAUUAGGAAAGAUGCAGUGUAACAUAUGUAGAGUCCUAGCCAGAGCAAUGGGAGAGAUUUCAGUCUAACAAGUACUGUGUGAAGUCAUGUAUUUUGUGAAAGCGUCAAGACUAGAAAUCAGUUGUCCCAAUUUCAGUUCAGUUGUACAUUUAUGUUACGUUUCUUUAAGGCAAGUAACUUCUCUCCAUGUAAUUACUAGACUAAUGUAUUGCUCUUGACGUGUGCUAGGGAUUUAUGGUGAGAUUUUAGUACUUCUCUGGUGGUAUUAUGGCUGGGCACCUAGUAAUACCUGAAUCCUGCUUCUCCUCCUUUACAUUUUACAAAGGAAGGAGAGUCAAAGGAUCACUUUAUUAAUAGCUACACACUAGUACCUGAUGAUGAUAGAUUAGAUAUUGUUGGUAAAGGUAAGGACUAAGCUCCUCUCUACAACUUCCUCUGUACCAGUCAGAUUUCAACCAGGAUAGCAGAAACCGUGCUAGGUAUUUUUAAAAGGGAUUUAACAUAAGGACUUAUUUACACAAAUGUUGGAAGCCUGAGCAAAAAGAGGAUGCUGAGGUGUGCGUGUUUUUACUCACAACACUGCUGACAUUAAUUCUGAACUGUCUUCCAAAACCACUUCUGAUACCAAAUGUGCGGGGCUUUUUCCCCCCAUGCCAGCCAAUUCUCCCAACUCCCCAGACACCAACUGGGUGUCCUACAGUUCAUUUUGAUUCUGACUCGAUGUAGAGUUGGUGUACAGACUUCUCAGGGUAAGGGCUUCAUCCUACAAGACUCCGUUCCACUCCAGAUGCCAUUCACAAGUCUUCAGUCUCCUUUACUUCUGACCGUCCAGCUGUGAAAGGUGGUAGGGGUUCCCAUGACUCCUUCCUCAGUUUGAGAAUUUGCUAUAAUGGCGCACAGAACGCAGAAAAACAUUUUACUUAUACUAGUACCAGUUUAUUAUAAAGGACUUUAUAAAGGGAACAAAUGAACAGCCAGGUGAAGAGGUACAUAGGAUGAGGUCUGGAAGUGCCCUGAACAUGGGGGCUUCUGUCCCCGUGCAGUUGGAGUAUGUUUCCUUCCCGUGUGGAUGCGUUUCCUAGCUUGGAACUUCCUCAGACUCCAUGAUUUAGGGGUUUUAAUGGAGGUCCCAUUAUGUAGGCAUGACUGAUUAUAAAUCAUUGGCCAUUGGUGAUCAAUCCAAUCUCCAGUCCCUCUCCCCUCACCAGAGGUCAGGAGAUAAGGCUGAAACCUGAGUAUACCUUGUCUUUCUGGCAUCCAGCCCUAGUCUUAAAGCUGUCUGGGGGACUCAUUAAAAUAAGAGAUGCUUCUGUCACUCCCGAAGUUCCAAGGGAUUUAGGAGCUCUAGGUUAGGCAUGGGGGAGGGGGCGGUAAAGACCAAAUAUGUAUUAAGUUACAUGAGGUAACUAAGAUAUUAAUGGUACCCACAGGAAGCAACUGUCGGUCCUGGAGCUGGGGGAAAAGAAGGGACAAGGUAGGUUAGGCAGAAUUUUGGAGCUUGAAGGAGGAACUCCAUAAGGCUGGAAGCUCAGACCUCUUGGAGGGGGCCAGGCACUGUAAGGCAUUCCCCAGGAAGCUAGAGCCUAGAGCCAUACCGAGCUUUUGAUGACAGGAAAUGCUGACAGAACUUGAGAAACAAAAGAGAAACCUUCUUUUUUUAGUUUUAUUUAAGUAAUCUACCCAACGUGGGGCUUGAACACAGGACCCUGAGAUCAAGAGUCGCAUGCUCUUCUGAUUGAGCUAGCCAGGUGCCCCAAAAGAAGGACCUUCUUUCUUCCCACCUUCCAAUUUCCUUAUAGCUGAUGGGGCCCAGUGAGAAGCCAGGUAACAAAGUAGUCUAAGAAAUACAGUCUUCAGCUUCUUAGUCGUAACAUUAAAAGCAGAUUAUAGAAGGAUGGGCUUGGGGGUGAGAGUAAAUUAACUGUCACAGUCAACCUUUUUGACUACACAGUAUUCAUAUGUCUUUGCUGAUUUAAGUACAGGGCCACUGUUUUCAUGCUUUCACAAUUUGAGUUCUUGGAUUGCUCAUGCUCAGAUGGUCUUAGGAAUACAAGUGAUAGGGAAAAACCCUGUGAAUACAGAGUCCCAGAGGGACUGCUCAGUCUACAUAUUUUAUCAAGUGUGGUAGAACCAGGAGUGGGAGAGGGCUGAAGUCCUGGGAGCUUAGGUUCUGCUUAAACAUGUUUACCACGUAAAGAUCAGAACACAACAGGGACAAGAGAAAAAGGGAAGUCUUGGCUUUGCCAUUUAUCGAACAAAUAUCUGUUGCUCAGACAUCAUCAUUGUGCUAGAACAAUGAACGAACCUGUUUAGCAGCUUGUCUUGUUGGAGAGAAGGGGGGAAAGAAAGAAAUCGGGAGACAAAGGUCCGAGACGGUUCCGGUGUGAUGUGCAUUUGUAGUGCAGUCAGUAGAGCAGAUAGUAUAAUGUCAGGAUAAUUAUUAUAGAUGCUUUAUCGUUAGGUUCGUUUGAGUUGUUUUUUCUCUCCAUUUUGAUGGCACUCAGCUAACCAUUGGUUUCCCACCAGUACAAUCAACCGCUGUGUUCCUAAUGUGAGUUGCAGCCGUGUUAGAAGCUAAGAAGGAAUUGUGAUUAUAACUCUCCUUUAAAUUAUUGUGUACCUAACUGAUCCUUCAAAUAAAGAAAUGCCACUGGAUCUCACCUGUUUACAGUUCUUAAAUUAAUUCAGUAGGUGUUUAUUGGAUAUUUACUCUGUGCUGUGUUGAAGAUUUACUUUGUAUGCUUUUAUUGUAGAUGCACUAAAUACGUGUUUGGCCAAUAAGGUUCAGCGAAAGCCAAAGCCAAAAAUCAUCAUAAAACACACAUCUGGCAUAUAUUAAUCAAAAAUUUAUCAAAAUGUUAAUUAUUACGAUGUUAACUAAUUUUAACAGAGUUUUAAAGUUUGACAUACUGAAAAUAUUUUGUUCUUCUACUGUUGUCAACUGCUAGAUUACUCCUGGAGUCACUACUGUUCGUUUGCAAUAUUAAAUCAACAUUUGCUUUCAAAUGGUGAUGUCGUUUCAUAGAAGGAGUUGUGCAAGCAAGACUUGGUGCAGUAUUUGAAGGGGAUGGUGCCUGCAUAUUUUUAGAAGCAGAUGUGCAAAGUGAGAUUGUUGAUACCAUUUGAAAUUUUUUGAAGUCUGCUAUUUUAGCUUGUACUUGCUGCUUUAUGCAAUCACUUGAGAAAUGUUUGUCAUUAAACCUUAGAUCCAGAAAUCUGGCAUUGGAGUUUGGUAACUGACUUGCAGGAUAGCAAAACUGUGAAUUUCUACCUGCCUUUCAACUUUGCAUUCACCUAAUUGUAACGUUUUCUAUUUAGUGGAUUGAUUAGAAGGAUCAUUCCAGCAUAUGUCCUAUAUUUUUGUAAUUAGUAGUUAGUAAUUACUCUCCUAUUUUGUAAUUACUCUGUAAGAGCCUGACAAUUUAGUUAUUGUUUAAACGGGUUCCAGCAGGUGAAUUACUUUAUCUGAAAGAACCAUUGCUUAUUAGUAAUUUUGUUUCUGUUGGCAGUGUUAUUCAGAGUGCAAUAUUAAUUUUUUUCUAAUGUUAGAUUUUUUUUUAACAUAAACUUAGGUGCUUGAUUGAGUGUAUGACAAAACAACUCCCCAGUCUCCUGUAUAUCUGGUGGUUUGUUUUUGGAGAAUUAUGAAAAUGAUUUACUAUAUUUUUGCUUAUGCAAAAUAUAUUUUGUUAUAUGGUGUUAUAAUUAGUUUCUGAACACACAGCUGAAGAGUGUGAACAAAGCUCAAGUUUGGGAUUCCUUAGCUACUCUUGGCCUCCAUUCAUCAUAUGUGUGCCAUUGUCAGUGAAAAUUUGACCAUAUUUUUCAUUACUGAUUUUCCAUUCUGUUAAUAUUUCUUUAAAUUCGUAGUACAUGUUUUAUGAGAACCAGAAAUUUCUUGGCAGACAAAGCCGAAGUGUGGCUGAAUUCCACAUUAACCCACUAUCUUGUCAAUUUUAAAGGCUUCCCGUUGUUUCUACAGAUCUAAAUGUCUUGAUGAUACAGAGAAAUAGCAUAUGUAAUAUUAAAUAAUGUUUUUAUGCACAACAGAAUAUAAUUCAGCACCAUUUUAUAGUACUGUAUUUUCUCGAAGACCUUUUUGCCUAGGAUUCAGAGCUUGGGUAAAUACAAGAAGUUCUUCGUCUUCAACACUAGAAGUGGUUGGCAGUUUAUAGUUACUGUUUGAUAAGUUUUUCCCCAUUCACACACUUUUAGUCACUGUAAAUUGGAAGAUAUGGAAUUCUUUUAAAGCAUUCUUAUAAAAUCUGUUGUGCAGUUUUUUUUAGAGAGAACAAAGUAUGUUUUUCAGUAUCUCCUUUUUCUCUACUUCAUCAUAUUUCUUUGUGUUCUUUAUUCACUUAUCUGUGUUGACGAUGAAAAUGGAUGUUGGGCUGAUAUUGGAGUUUGUCCUCCUUGUAAAAUUUUGACAGAGCAGGAUUGACACUCUUGUUUUUAAUUCUUUCUCAGAUUUGAAGAAUUCCCAAGUAGGACUUUUGGGGGAAGACUUAAUGGUUUAAAAAGGAAACUAAAUACUUAAACCCACAUUUUCCAAGCUUUUUUUUUUUUUUUUUCCUUUUCCUUUAAUGUUACGAAUGCUCCUCAAUUUUCCAAAGAUGAGAACUAUGAUAUAGGCUGGUCUCCAUUUUUACUUUGGAGCCAUAUUUAUGGUUCUGGAAGGAUAUUAUGUUUAUGCUUUGUUAUUUGGGCAUACUGUAGACUUUCUGGAUACUCCUGUAUACUCCUACCACUUUAUUUCUCUGAUAUUUAACGUUUCAAAAAUUCUUAUUAGUUGCACAGAAGCCUACUGGCUUUUACUGAGAGAGUGAGAGACAGACUUCAUUGAUCUGACUAGGAAAACAUGUGCUCUUUCUAAAUUCCCAGGCCUUUUCUUUUCUUGUCAGUUUUCAGUUGUAUUUAUUUUGCUUUUUCCUCUCCCCUUCUUGGAACACUUCUGAAACUUCACAGAUUUUUAGUUUUCUGUGUUUUUGCAGUCAUUCAUUCAUUCAUCAAAUGUCUAUACUACCUACAACAUCCCCGAGCGUUGUUCCAGGUGCUGGGGGUAGAGUGGUGUAUACAGCAGAUCCCCUGCCUUCUUAAAAGUGCACCUUGCAGUGCAGGCAGCAAGUAGAUAAAGGUAGAAAUACGUGAUAGACGUAUGGUUGGUGAUAAACACGGGUUUGGGAAGAGGAAGCCAUAUUACAGAUGGGCUAGUCAAGGAAGGCCUCUCUGAGGUGGUCUAAUUAAGCAGCGACCUCAGUGAAGUAUGGUAGUUUGUCGCUUGAAGGUCCGUGGACAGAACGUUCCAGCUAGGGAAAAAGGUACAGAGCCUCCAAAGGAGAGAAAUCUUGCGUUAGAGAAACGGCAACAGGCUGUUGUGAAGAACAAUGGGAGGUGAGGCCAGAGGACGUCGGACAGAUCAUGUAGGGUUUUGUAGGGCCUCGUAAGAAGUUUGGAUUUUAUUCUGAGUGUGUCAGUAAGCCAUUGCAUGUUUUUGAGCAGAGAAGGUAUGUGGUUGAUUUAUAUUUUUAAGAGAUUGCUUUGCCUCUUGUAACAAAAACAGAUCGUAAUAGGACGCAAAAGUAGAAGCAGGCUUUUGAAGUAAUCCUGACAAGAGGUGAUGGUGGCAAGAAGAAGGCUAGAAUAGCAGCGAACGAGGUAAGAUGGGGUGUCUUUUAAACUGAUGAGAAAAGUGUACUGAGGAGGAGGAGGAGGGAGAGUCAGUUAUGUCAGGCGGUGCUGACAGAGGAAGUAAGGUGAGGUCUUGAGAAUUGACUAUUGGGAUGAGUAACAUGCGGUUCAUUUGAUGGCCUUGCCAGAACAGUUUUGUUGGUGUAUGGUUGGGCAGAAGCCAGGUUGGAGAGAGGGGGCUUAACAGAGAUGGAGAGAGAUACAAGAUGAUGAGUGCAAGCCACUCUCUUGAGGAAUUCUGUUGCAAAAAGAAGCAAGGGGUAGGGUGGGAACUGGUGAGGGAAGCACAGUCAAGGUAAGUUUUUGUUUUGUUUAAGAUAGAAGUAACUACCGAUGUCAAAGGGAGAGGGAUGGAAAAAGAAAAGCCAUAAAGUACGAAAGAAACUCAGGAAAAAUGGGUUGUUCUAAAUGUUAGACGAAGAAAGUAUUUCAGGAAGACGUGUGACAGACUGGGUCAAAGGCUAUUAAGAGAUCUAGUAAGUUGAAGUGUGAGAAUUGCCCUUUGGAUUUAGCCGGAUGCAGGUUUCUGUGACCUUGACAGGGACCAGCUUCUUUGUAUUGGUGGGAAUAAAAGCCAGAUUGGAAUGAGCUGAAAGAGUGGGAGAUAAAAAGUAGAAGGCAAUAACUAUAGGUAGCUUACAUGGCAAGUUCUUGCUGUAACGACAGGCAAGGGUGCACCUGGGUGGCUCAGUCAGUAAAGCAUCCAACUCUUGAUUUCAGCUCAGGUCAUGAUCUCAUAGUUCAUGACUUCAAGCCCCGUCGGGCUCUACACUGACGGUGCGGAGCCUGUGUGGGAAUGAAUCUCUCUCUCCCUGUCUCCCAGCCCCUCCCCUGCUUGCUCUCACUCAAAAAAUAAAUAAGCAAACUUAAAAAUAAAUGAAUAAAAAAAGGAGGACAGGCAAGAUGAUGUAGAGGAGACAUGAAGCCUUGUAGAACCAGGUUGUGUCUCAGGAACAGGUGCGGAGGGUAGACUGGUUAUUGAUGAAGAAAGGGUGGUAGAAAGAACAGUAGAUGAUUUUCUUUCUUUUUUCUGUAAACAAUGUAGUGAGGUCAUGUCUUGCAUGUGAGGACAGAGGAUAGAUUGUUAGAGGUUUGAGAUGAAAAAUAAAGCCUUGUGGAACGGUCACCUGGUCAAGUGGGAGAGUAGGUUGAUUGGAGAUGCAUAGUAGGAUUAUGGGGCAGAACUGAGGCUGUGCUUCAUGUUAGUGGCCAUACGUUUAAAGUAGAGGUUCUUCACUGGGGCAAUUCUGCCCCCAGGAGGUAUUUGGCAACAUCUGGAGGUAUUGUUGGUUAUUACAACCGGGUGCUGGGGUGAUACCAGUUAUCUAGUGCGUAGAGGCCUUCAAUGCUGCUACACAUCCUACAGUGCCCAGGACAGCCCCACGGCAAAGAAUUCUGUGGUUUAAAUGUUAACAAUGCCAAAUUGAAGAAAUCCUCAUUUAUAGGCAUGCUAAGCAGUACAUUUGUGAGCUUUUCUUUUUUCUCAUCCCUCACCCAGGUAUACGAAGUUUAUAAAGUGGACGUGAAGGAGACUGACACUAAGCGAAUAGAGUAAUUCAGAUUGUGUUCAGUAUGCAGAAGGAAGAAGUUAGGUGAUGUGAUAGAAGGUAAUGAGAUGUAGUGGUAAACUUCUAUGCAAAAAGAUGGCAGACAAAAACUAGUCCGAAGAGAGGAAUUUGAGGGGCCUGAAGAAUGGGAAAAAAAAAAAAAAAAAAAGCCAGCCAUGGGAAAAUCUUUGCAACUAGCAUUCUAGGCAGAAGAGAGCAUUUUAAAGCCCCCCUGAGCUCAAAAGGGUAAAUGAAGCAACAACAUCUCUUAGGAAUUUUGUAGAAAGGGAGGCGAUAGUGUAUUAACAUACAGUUGUGUUUCUGUUGGCUUCUCUAAUUAAAGAAACUUCUUUUCAAAUGUUUUACGGGAAAAUGAUCUAAUGUAUUUAUUAAGUGCCUUUCAUGAGCUCAAAAAUACAUUACACAGACUUUAGGCCCAGAAGAGCAAGUUCCUUUCCAGAUAAUUCACGAACUUUGAAGCAGACCUGUAACAUAAAGGCUCCUAGUCGCAGAAUUUUACCAGAAAUACUGUGAACACUUGAAGUAACCUGGAUCUGGCUGGAUCUGGUGUCUGUGUGUUAAAUUUCUUUUUAGCUUUUUAUUAAAUGCUUACAAUAUUUAGUUUAAUCCAGGGAUUACGAUACAAGUAAUUUGAGAGAGAAUCUUUAGAUUUUUCCUUCUAAAUUCAGAUGUUGUAAGAUUUACAGUUUAUUAUUUUAAAUUAUAAUAUUCAUUAUUUACUUUGAAAUUGUGCUUCUGAAGUAUAUCAAAUGUUUUGGCCCAAGUUUUAUAUAAUCUGAAAAAUCUUUUAUAUCUUUUAGUAUCUCUUUGUCACAUUCAUUUGUUAAUCUGAAACUUAGAAAUGUUAUUAGAACUUUUUUAGAUGUAAAUGAUGGAAACCCACCUCAACUAAACAGGUAAAAAAGGAAAUUGAUUGAAAGAACUUAGGAUAUCGUAAAACCAGAGGAAAAUCCAGCAGCUAAACUGAGGGAAAUGGCAGCUAGAAUUCAGGGACAAGUAGAGAUAGAAAUCAAUGACUUGAGGACCUUGGGACACUUUCCUCUAGUGCAUGCUGGCUUUAUCCUUUUGUGACAGACUGGCUUCCUGUGUGGCAGGAAAUAGGGCUGCCACACACGUUCCAUGGGUUCUGCAGCAGAGAGAUUGCCAAGCAUAGUCACUGAAUGUUUUUGCUUCUGUUAACCCAUUUAAUGAUUUUAGGAACCUUCUGCAGUGGACGUUCAUACUAUGCACAGUUUGCAGAUGAGGCACGGAGAAAUUAGGAAACUUGACUACAGUUGCAAAGCUUGGAAGGCAGUGGCAGAGCUGGAGUUUGGACCCACGCCAUCUGGUGCCUACCAGAGCUGACAGGUUGACAGUUAGCUACCUUCUCAUAUUUGCUGCAGUCAGAGGAUGAUGGGGACUUUUUGUUGUGUUUUUGCCUAAAGAGUUAAACUAUGCCAGACAGGGAUAUGGUUUUAAUUUGUUUAUCAUUAUUAAAAAGAUAUGACAACUGAUAGUGUUAUGGUGAACUGUUUUCAGAUCUUUGAAAAAUUCUGUGAGUUUUAAAAGAAGUUCUUUAUUUUGGGAUGUUUGGGUGGCUCAGCUGGUUGAGUGUCUGACUUCAGCUCAGGUCAUGAUCUCACAGUUCGUGAGUUUGAGCCCUGCAUCAGGCUCUGUGCUGACAGCUCAGCAGAGACUGGAGCCUGGUUCGGAUUCUCUGUCUCCCUCUCCGCCCCUCAUCUACUCAUGCUCUGUCUCCCUUAUUUAACGUUUAAAUAAACGUUAAAAAAUUUUUCUUUUAAAAAUUAUUUAUUUAAGUACUCUGUACACCCAACACAGGGCUUGAACUCAUCACCCCAGGAUCAAGAGUCGCAUGCUCCUCCAGUUGAGCCAGGCUGGCUCCCCAAAUUCCAUGAGUUUUUGUUCAAAGAGACACAUACAAUGUGCUUUGGGUACCAGAUCUACCCUGAGUGUUGUAUGGUAAGGAGACUUUCUGCCUUGGACCACAGUUGUACCACAUCAGUGGUUCUCAACCAGGGAUGAUUCUUCUUGGGGACAUUUGGCAAUCUCUUGAGUCAUUUUUGGUUGUCACAACUAGUGUGUUGGGUUACUCGUGGCCUCUAGUACAAAUAGGCCCAGGAUGUUGCUAAACGUCCUGUAGUAUGAGACAGACCCUUCUCCGCAAAAGAAUUAUUCAUCCCCAAAUGUUAAUAGUGCUGGGGUUGAGAAACCCGUACCAGAUACGCUGGGCCAUUUUCAAACGAAGUGUCUGUGUUUGGGAUGAAAAGGUAAGAAAUUCUAGAUUUUUGAGUACUUGUGGAGAAUGAAUGGGUCAGGACCAAGUAUGAUGCACUUUGAGCAGUUUAGGGUCACAUUAGGCUAGGGUGCCUUGAAAGAAGGACCAAAUAGUGGAAGAAGUUUACAGAGGGAGAUGUGGGAAAACGGAGCAGACAAACUUGGCCAAUUUUGAUUAUUUUCCUUGAGGAUCGACUAUGCAUACAAGUAAGAAGGUAAGGAAACCUAAUCUCCCUUCCUCCCUGUACCUGAUGAUGAUCUCAUAGGAUAUUUCUUGGCAAAAAUGGACUAAACUUGGGCUUUGUUAUUUACUCUGAUUUAUUACAUUGAAAUUCAUUAAUAACUUGACUCUGGUUUGUAUUAAAGAAGUAGAGCUCUUAUAUUUUGAGAGUUAGUUUGUGAUUUUCAGGUUACAGUGACAACAACAGCCAGCAUUUAUUGGGCAUUUUGUGUGCCAGACACUGUGCUAACAAGUCAGUGGUUAAUCUCAUUGAGUUCUCAUAACCCUUUAAAAUAGUUACUCUGAUUUGUAUAUUUUACUGUUGAAGAAAAUGAGUCCCAGAAAGAUUAAUUAGCAUCCUCAAGGUCAGGCAGCUUGUCAGCUGGAGUUGGAAUUCCGGUUUCAUUCCAUAGAGUACACUCUUAACCACCAGCCGGCGUGAUGCCUUUUUCCUCUUAGAGACAUUACACUUCUUUCUUAUGCUUAUUUCCCAUCUGUAGUUGAAGUUUUGAUACCAUUAGGUAAUUCUUUGUAUAUCUGCUCUUAGUUCUUGGUAGGGAAUUUAUAUAUGUUUGGAAACAAAUAUUCCAUAAAUUUAAGCUGUGAGAUAUACUAUUUCCAAAUGGUUUCAAAGGAAAAAAGUAACUCUUGAGUAAAUUUGGUAACCAGUGUGAGAUCUUAUUUAGAUGUGAUGAUUUUGGAAAAAUGCUUGUACUUCCCGUGUAUAAAAGCUUAGAAUUAAACUUUUUUACAGUGUAUAAGGUAUUUAAGAUGAACUGUUUCCUCUUAGCUUUAACCUCAGUUUAUCCAUCUGUGUAAGACAUUGUACAAAAUCUUUCCAAUGAAGUUCUGUGUAAUAAGGAUUUUAAUAUCAAAAAUAAGAUAGAUUCUGACCUCUCCCAUUGGAGGAAUAUUGUUUUAAAAGAGAGAGGACUUUUCAGUAUUUGUCAUAUUUAUUGAAUAAAUUUUAACAUUUGUGAAUUUAACACUUGUGAAUACAUUUUAACAUUUUCUAAGAAGUGUGUGUGUCCCUGUGCCACACUUUGACCUUUAAAGCAAGUAACUGUUAUGCAUAUGCUGUUACUUCCUCUUUGGGAAGCUUAAAGUUAGGUACCCCUGCCAUUGCCCAGGGAGUAGUAGGUGGAGGAAGAGGGGAAUGGACCACACAGGUGGCUGAAAGUCCUAACUCUUUUCAAAUUUUUUUAUAAUGGGGGUGAAUAAUAAGAUGUCUUCUUUCAUUGAUUAAAUGUUGAUUAAUUACAAUCAAUGUUGAUUCAUUGAUUAAUUGUUCCUUUUAUGUUUUCAUUUCAUUCAUACUUGCCAACAGUUAAUAUUUGGAGAAAACAUAUUGAAACUUGGAGAGGGGAGGAUGUGGGGUGCCUGUGAUCUCAUAGUCUGCCUUCCCUAGAGUUACUGCAACUUCAAGGUUUCAACUUGGUUUCCUGGAUGUUCCUGACACCUCCUUCCACCUUCAUCCUCCCUGAGUCAUGGCAAAUUUUGGUACAAGAUUUAUGCCAAUGCCUUAUUUUUACUGUUCAUCCUCUGCAAACUUACUAAGUUGUGAUGAUGUUUGCUGGCUCCAUUUUGCUUGUUUGCUGUGUUAACUUCCAAGUGACGUACUUCAUAUGGUUGUAUAUAGUUGAUACUGUUGAAUUAUCAGCCUGUGAGUGAAACAGUGAAAAGUCUGAUUAACCUUAGGAGUAUAGAAGAUGUAAGAAAUACUGGUUUAUGUGUGGUAAAAAUUUUUAAAUGGGUCAUCAACUGAUAACUUCCUUUAGUCUUUAAUGGUUAAAUGUGGUUUGAACGCCAUCUUCCUAGUAUUCUCAUUAGGGUUUAAUUUUGCAAGAAGGAAACUAUCCUUAUUAUUUAAAAAUAAUGGUCUCAGUCUUUACUUAUUUGAGAGAUCUAUUUUUGAUGUUAAUUUAAAUUGAGAGUGUAUGCCUCAAACAUUUUAAAGGAGUAACACUAGCAUAGAUAUUAAUCAAAUGUAAAUAUUGCAAGUAAUAUGUAAAAAAAUCUAAUCUUUUUUCCAGUCUUGCUUUAUGUCACUUUUUUGAUAUGUGGAAAAGAGGGACAAGAGUUACAAACUCAGAGCCAAAUGUGCUUUUGUUGUUCCAAAUUUUCAAUGCCAGAAGUAUAUAAACCUGCACCUGUUGGUAAUUAUGAGCAAGCCAGCCUUUGCCGAAUCCCAGGCCUCUGCUUAAAAUUUUUUUUACUGGAACUAAAUGAUGUUGCCAUUUUUAUUUUUAGGUUUGCUGGCAUGGGUAAUCUCAUUAAGGUGCUAACCAGGGACAUAGACCACAAUGCAGCACAUUUUUUCUUGGACUUUGAAAGUAAGUCUCUUUAGCCCUUCACAGCUGGUGCAUAAUGGUAAAGGUGAAAGAUGAACUAUAUUCACACCGCAGUGAAGGCUGGCCCGAAUAUUUGUUAAUAAGAUAUGGGGAUCAAACAAAGUUUGCAUGAUUUUUUUCUCAGUCGUAGGCAAACAUCACCAUCAUAUGUAUAAUUCUUUAGUUUUUCAUUUGCUAAAAUCAUGUUGAGUCUGUAGCCAGUGCUGUCCUUUCAUUAGUCCAUGAAGCAAGCAGCCUUAUGAUGAACAUUCUAAUAGUAUGCCUUGGUGACUACGCCCAGCAACGUUUGCUCAGAAUCCUCUGAUAGUUUUAUAAAAAACCAGAAUCGUGCUGCAUAUCCAGAAUCAAUACUUUAAACAACUUCCACAAAUUUAUAAAUAAUCCAAAUUUGGUUAGAAAUAUAUGCAUUAUUUAAUGGCAUGCAGGAAGUAAGUUGAAUAUUCUGUGUUAAGAUGAAAUGCAAAGGUGAGCUGUGGCCAAAACACUUAAUAUUUGGCUUUGAAAUAAAUUGUUGUUUCAGUGCAAUAUUAAACGAGAUUAUGUGUGAAUGAUUCUUGAUAAGAAAUUUCUUUUUCAGAAUACUAGCACUAUUGGAAUACUUAAAGAAUUUUUCAUUAUAAGGCCAUUAAUGAAACUUGUCUUGGGAGACUUUUGAGAAGAAGUAGAGCAACAGUCGUGCCAUUGUGUGCAGGAAAACCACAUUUCACCUCUAGGUCCUACAUACCAACACCUUGAGAACCUGGUUUGCUGUUUGCCAGAGCACAGUCUGGGCAACCCUGAAGGACGAAUUCAUGGCCUAAUGAACAUUUUCCCUGUUACUUUUUUUUUUUUUUUUUUUUUUUUUAAUAAAUUUCAGAUGUUCUUUUUUAUAAAGGGAUAUUUUCUCUUUUCUCAUUCUUGUCUUGACAGGUACCUUAACAUGGGGAAUCUUCUUAAAGUUUUGACAUGCACAGACCUUGAGCAGGGGCCAAAUUUUUUCCUUGAUUUUGAAAGUGAGAAGAUGAUUUUCUAUCUAUUUCUCUUUGCCUGCCGUAGACUGCGUCUGUCCUGCACUAAACGAAUGUUUCCACUUUGCCAUCUUUUUAACUGCUUUGCAUGACUGAGCUAUGAAUUGUUUGAGUAAAAUUUCUGGUGCCUUCUAGAACUGGAAAUCAUAUUUUAUAGAUUGCAUUGUAGUAAAAUGUUUUCACUUGAAGUUUUGUGAGAGAGUCCUAUCUCCUGGUUGGACAUUAGUUUAUAAUUGGAGAUCUCUACUGAAAACAUUUGAGAUACUCCGAUGAAAACAUUUGUAUGAAAAAAUUGUGGUGGAAAGGACAAAUGCUACUUUGAGAUUUGUUAAUAGAAGCCAUAUUUGGGGAAAAAUUUGUUGCAGCUGAGAAAAAUUGACUAGGUUUUAAUCAUUCUAUGUAUCUAUUGAAGUAUUUUAAAUACAAAUCUGUUCAUGAAGGCCAUUCAAAGCUCAGUAAUUUGGGCAUAAUAUUAAAAGGUAAGUGUGAACCUUAAUUAUUUAAUCUUUACAGAUAAUUUGAAAAGUUAAACUCAUUAUAUGUAUUUAUUUCAGGAAUUCAUUUUUGUUCUAACUCUAAAUAAAAAGAAAAAUAAUGGGUUCACAGACCUUUAAGUAAUUUGCCUUCUGUUUGUUUUAUGUUGCAUGACCUAUUGUAAUAUGGUCUAAGAGUGGCAGAUGCCCAGCCUACAGAGUCUGAGAAGGAAAUUUAUAAUCAGGUGAAUGUAGUAUUAAAAGAUGCAGAAGGUAUCUUGGAAGAUCUGCAGUCAUACAGAGGAGCUGGCCAUGAAAUACGAGAGAAGCAGCACUAAGAGGCCUUCUGGGAGCCUUGACCAGUACCCCGUACUCUCCCACGCAGCAUCUAGAGCGAGAGCAGGCUCUUGCCAAACAGUUUGCGGAGAUUCUUCACUUCACGCUCCGGUUCGAUGAACUCAAGAUGACAAAUCCCGCCAUACAGAAUGAUUUCAGCUAUUACAGAAGAACAUUGAGUCGUAUGAGGAUUAAUAACGUUCCAGCAGAAGGAGAAAAUGAAGUAAAUAAUGAAUUGGCAAAUCGAAUGUCUUUGUUUUAUGCUGAGGCAACCCCAAUGCUGAAAACCUUAAGUGACGCCACGACAAAAUUUGUAUCAGAGAACAAAAAUUUACCAAUAGAAAAUACCACAGAUUGUCUAAGCACCAUGGCCAGCGUAUGCAGAGUCAUGCUCGAAACACCGGAAUACAGAAGCAGAUUUACAAAUGAAGAGACAGUGUCAUUCUGCUUGAGGGUAAUGGUGGGUGUCAUAAUACUCUAUGACCACGUACAUCCAGUGGGAGCAUUUGCCAAAACUUCAAAAAUUGAUAUGAAAGGUUGUAUCAAAGUUCUUAAGGACCAACCUCCCAAUAGCGUAGAAGGUCUUCUAAAUGCUCUCAGGUACACAACAAAACAUUUGAACGAUGAGACUACCUCCAAGCAAAUCAGAUCCAUGCUGCAAUAGCAGCCCUGGGCGGGCGCCUGCUGUGGACAGAAGACAGUAUUCUGCAGUGGCUGAGAAUGCACAGUUUUUAGUGAUUGCAAUUACUAUCUCAUGUACUCCUGCUUUUUAUUUCUUUCCUCUGUUCCUCUUCCCUCUUUUUUAAUCAUGUUCUCGUUCUCAAGACUUCUUUUCUGUGCCAAAACCAGUAAAGUUCUACUCUGAAGGGACACUGUCCUUUCGAAUGGGCCAUCUAAGGCAGCUAAUUCCGCAUUGCAUUGGGGUCUCUACUGAGAAAAAUUCUGUGACUUGAACUAAAUAUUUUUAAAUGUGGAUUUUUUUUGAAAACUAAUAUUUAAUAUUGCUUCUCCUGCAUGGCAAAACUGCCUAUUCUGCUAUUUAAAAACCGUCAACGACUUUAUUUUCUACUGCCGCUUUUUUCAUGUGCAGCCAAAAUGAAAAUGUUUAAAUUAACUGUGUUGUACAAAUGGUACCCAACACAAACUUUUUUUAAAUUAGUAAGACUUUUGUUUAAAGUUUUAAGUUUGCAUUUUGACUUUUUUUGUAAGGAUGUAUGUUGUGUGUUUAACCUUUAUUAACUAACGUUAAAAACUGUGAUGUGUGCGUAGAAUAUUACGUAUGCAUGUUCAUGUUUAAAGAAUGGCUGUUGAUGAUAAAAUAAAAAUCAGCUUUCAUUUUUCUAA